GCAUCCAUCUUCUACGGAGCAGAUGAGUAUCUUGAGGAGCUUAAGGGGCCAAGAUGACACCUCCAAGUUGGUGGCCCCGGGGUGCCUUGUGUUUGACACUGGACAGGGCACGGCGAAGUACAUCCUCUUUCGUGGUGCUGGAUGGUGGCUUUGGCAUGCCAUCUGGCUCCUGGCUUUAGUCACGAUCACCUGUCCUGCACGGCAAGAGCCCAUGCAGGUUUGGGCCAGCAGCGGCUGGGGCGCCGCGCUGGUUGCAAGCUGUGGGAUCCUUGGUGCCGGCAUUUGCACCGGAGGUUUGGGCGUCCUCUUCAGCUUCCGGUCAGGCUUCGCUUGGAUGCCUUACGGCGUCGUGCUCGGCGUGCUCUUGUUCUUCAGGAGCGACGGAGGAUUGGGAAGAAACGUGCACGGCAGCUUGGGUGGCGCUGCCUUCGACUUGGGCAUCGAGCUGCUCGCUGGAUUGGGCGACGACGCCUUCGCGAGCAUCGAUGGUGGAGGCGACGACUUCGAGAUCGUGAUUCUCGUGUGCGGAGGCUGUUGCUGGCUGCUGCUGUGGCGUAAGCGCGUCUGCUUGUUUUCAUGCAAGAGCCUGGGAGCCGUGAGAAUGGGCUCCGACCCGAAGACCGGAAGAAAGCUGAAGAGCCCAAGGGCCGACAAGAAGGAAGAUGCAGAGCCUGCGCGGCCACUCGUGUGUAGUAUGGGCCACAGGGCCGACAAGAAGGAAAAUGCAGAGCCUGGUGGGCCACUCGUGUAUCGCUGUGCCUGUGGAACCGCGCCUUGGGGCGCCUUUGGGGUGCACUACGCCAGGCAGCAAACCCAGGGCCUGGAGGGGCUCGCCGUGCAAAGCGAGACCGUUGUGCAAGAGCUGUUGCAACCUGUGCUUUCGGAGGGACUCGAGAGUGCGCUUGGCCCGGGCAAGGGCAAAGGCAAAGGGAUUGAUGGUGUUGCUCAUCCUCCUUGGCGGCGCCGGGGGGCUGACCCAGAGCCUCGCGAGGGUGCUGGCCAUGAGGCUGAGACCGGCUUCGGCGACAAGUGGCGACGACAGCGACGACGUGACGAUGGUGAGGGUGCUGCUGGUGUCGAGCAGCGAGCGGCGCCAAAGGGCAAGGGCAAGAAAGCUGCUACUGAGGAGCAGGCUCGACUAGGGCUGCAAGUUGCGACUAAAGGCAAAGGCAAGAAUGCUGAUACUGAGGGUUCUGCUGGCUUGGCUGCUCGGCCUGAUGCUUCGGGCAAGGGCGAGAAAGCUGGUGGCAAAGGCAAGGGCAAUGGGAGUCGCGAUGCGGUUGCGCCUCCCCCUACAGCUCGUGCCCGUCGGUGGCAGCGUGAUGGUUGGCAGGAGGUCAAGUGGAAGCUUCGCCCUGGAGACCUCAACUUCAACAAGGUGAUCACGACGACCGAGGCGCUUGAGGUGGAACUUGACAAGGGUGAGCCUGUGCUAGUUUACACCGACGACCCCCAGUGCCUUGAGGACUUCGGUGACUUGAUGCGGGGGGGCUGUCACCCUUCCUCACUUCUUGUGUUUGAUGGCCAGGCCUGUACUCCUCUGGAUGCUUUGCAGCGGGACUUUCCAGUCGAUCACAAGAGUCUGCCGGGUAUCCUCCGUGGCGGUCUGAAGCUUCGGCGGUGCUGGGUGGUGGCUUGGACUAAGGGCAAGCCUGUGGUUGGUGACUUGCCUUUGGACCUGGAGGUUGACUUCAUUGCAGCUAAGGCGCCCAAGAAAAGCAACGUCUACGAGGACUCCGUGGUGGUGCGGGCUGUGUGCGCGCAGCGUUUCUCUGACACUGAUAGGUGGAAGAAGAUUGUGCACAAGCCCGGUGCCGCGAUCAGGGAUUGGAUGGCUCGUGCCGGUGUUCCGCCGGCUGAUCUUCUUGAUUGCUGGGGUUGGGAGAAAACCGGCGACGAUUCGCAGUCUCCUCAGCCCGGCGGGAUGGUGAAGGGCUUGCUUCGCCUGUCUCCGACGGCGGCUCGGUCGUUGCUUGCGGCGGGAGGCCGGCUUCUAGGUGGCACGGCUUUCUUUUGUCAGCCUCUUCGGUGGUCGGAUUUGACGCUCAAUCAGCCGGCUUUGCUUUGGGAACAGCAACUCCCUGAUGAACUCCAUUGCCUCUAUCUGCGGAGGGUCGUGGCCGGUGCGGGCGAGAUGGGGCUGCACUACGAUGGCAAGCGACUGGCGGUUCGCAUCGAUCCUAGGGAUUCGCGUAAUGUUGCUAGGAGGUCUUGA